AUGCUUCUACGAAGAUGUUCGUUAGGCAACAGUAGAACUGAUAGUAGUAGUUGCAAAGCAGAUGAAGUAGGUGUUGAUGUUGAGAUGAGUUGUGAUAGUAGUGGUAGUAGCAAUAGUAGUAGCAGUAGUAGUAGUAGUAAUGGCUGUGGUAACUGCAUGGAUGGGGUAAAAUAA